UUGGCGACUGAAAAUGGUUUAGCUAUUGAUUCAUUGGUAAAAAAACUGAAAAAACGAAAAAAUGGCCAAGGUACAGUUGAGGAUUUGGAAUAUGCAUUGGGUAAUCCGGGUGCCCACAGUAAAUGCGUUACAAUACCUCGUUCUCUCGACGGGCGACUACAGGUUUCACAUCGGAAAGGAUUACCACACGUGAUUUACUGCCGUGUGUGGAGAUGGCCUAAUCUGCAGUCACAUCAUGAAUUGAAAUCAAUACCAGAAUGCAUGUUUCCGUAUGAAAAUAGCUCCAAACAACAACCUAUAUGCAUAAAUCCAUAUCAUUAUCAGCGGAUUGAGUCUCAGGUUAGACGAACAAGCCGUUAUCCGUCCAUAUCUCCUGGUUCUUCAGCAAUGAGUAUCUCACCAGUGGUUACCAGUCCGUCUGUAUCUAUCUUGAGUGAUGACGAGCAGAUGAUGGAUGAUGGAAGGUAUUCUUACGCUGAACCUCCUGCGUGGGGCUCUAUUACCUAUUACGAACUGAAUGACAUUAUUGGAGGCCCAUUUAAAUUCAAAAAAGAUCGAAUAGUAAUUGACGGAUAUUUUGCUCCAUCCACUGAGGAUCGCAUUUGUAUAGGAAGUCUUCUUAGUCUGCAUAAAAACGAAACUGUGCAAAACACAAGAAAACAUAUUGGGAAAGGUUCUCGUGACGACAAUUCACGCGAUGUUUGUUUGAGGAACGUUUCUGCAGCACCAAUAUUCGUCCAGUCACAAAACGCUAACUACAUCUUGAAAUCUCCAGCAACCACAGUUAUGCGACUGCCUCCAGGACACUCAAUGAAAAUUUUUGACUUCCAGUCAUUUUUAAAGGUAACCAACGGCGACCCAUUUUGCAGUGCUUAUAAAUUGACAGCGAUGUGCUUCAUACGCCUCUCUUUCGUUAAAGGAUGGGGUGCAAACUACCCUCGUAAAGAAGUAACCUCAACUCCAUGCUGGAUUGAACUGAUUCUGAAUGACCCUUUAGCGGUAAUGACUUUGAGCAACUUUUAUGUCACGCACAUGAAGCUACAAAUCUACUUUUGUAACUUGUAUCUUAUACUUGCAAAAUAG